CAUUCGUUGAAACGUCUUGCCUCCCAGUUCGUCGACACCUUGUGAGCUGCCCACUUCGCCCUGCCCGCUCUCUUCUGCUUGGAUCCUAACAACCUCUUGGGUUGUUAGUUGGGGUUAACAUCACUGGCCACCUUGAAGACGUGUCACGCUAUCCGACGAUCUCGCCAUGGAGAAAGCGUUAGCAUUUGUGGAAUCCUAUCACAAAUGGGGAGCCGAGUCCAUAGAGUUCCUUCAGAUGUUACUGCCCGGCCGUGGACCUUUCUUCAUUAGCGUCUCCAACCUUGGCGACCCGGGCUUGGCCUUCACCUUCUACUUCCCCAUCGUCAUCGCCUUGCAUGCUGGUCUCGGCACCCGGUUCAUGUGGUCCAUUGUCUUCUGCGAGUGGUCCAACAUGCUUCUCAAAUGGUUGAUGGUAGGGGACAGACCUUACUGGUGGGUGAACGAGACCAAACUCUAUUCCAAAAGUCGUCCUCCCAUCCUGCUUCAGUUCCCCAACACAUGCGAAACAGGUCCCGGAAUGCCGUCUGGUCACGCUAAGCUCAACGCUGCGAUGUUCUACAUCUUGGUGUCAGCUUUGAAUACGAUGGUUAUUUCCAAGACAACGCUGUUCACAGAUAAUCAGAAGAAACUGGCUAAGCGUUUGACAUGGCUGGCUUACGGUACCUGGAUGGCAUUAGUCAUCAUUGCUCGUGUCUAUGUGGCUGCGCACUUCCCUCAUCAGUGCAUAUACGGAGCUCUGAUUGGUUUCCUGAUCGCAGUGUUAGUGUCGAGGACUCCCUCUCUCCAUGUCCUUUCGAGACGUCAGUAUGUCAUGAUUUCCGCUGCCAUCGUCGUCACAGUCCUCGGGAUGUACUUCGUUGUCUUGGCGAUGGGAAGCAACGUGUUGUGGUCAGUGGAGAAGGCCAUCAAGUGGUGCGUCCAGAGGUCGUACAUUCACAUCGACUCGACUCCUUUCUAUUCCUUCUCGAGGUACUCCGGAGUCUCCCUCGGCCUCGGCCUCGGUCUCUCCUCCAAGUGGUUCAGGAAAACGGAUCAAAGCAGGUUCAAUUACAAAAUGAUAGCGUCCAUGGUUGUCCUGAACUUAGCAGCUAGCGCCACGGGUGUCUAUAUCCACAAGUUACUGUCUCCAGCGAUGUUCGGUUGGUAUGUCGUCGAAUUUACACUGAACGUCGUCGUCACCUUCUUGAUCGUAGCAGUCAUCCCCAAUUUUGUGAGGGCAGCUUCCAACAUGCCGCCAGGCGAUAAGUACAAGAAGAAGUGAGCCCGGAGGUGCGGGAGCUUUCCUUUCUCAGAUGUUUGGAAGCAGAAAACCUGUUUUGUUAUGCUGCUUUGAGAGGAAAAGAAAGAGAGAAGUUGUUUGUUUUAUGUUCUUGUGAGUAACUGUUCAGUUUUGAUGAGUUAAUUUAUUUGAAGGGAAAAAUAUGCAUUAUGAGAAGAUAUUUUUAAAAAAACGGAAAUGUUAGCAUGUCAGGAAUCUUGUUGCCUAUUUUGCCCUUUUUCCAGAAUUUACAGUUGUAUUUCAUUGCACUUUUCCUUAAUUCCAGAAUCCCAGUCAUUGUGAAAUUUGAAAGAAUAAUGAAACAUUUUCUUUUCUUUUGCGUUUAUUGUAGUCCCUAUGGUACCAGUUUCCAGAACGGGAAAGAAAAUAGAUUUUUUUAUUUCUGUUAAUUUAAGAAAUCCCACAGCAACUGGUAGUUAAAAAACAAAUACUCAAGCGAUAUAUAAUUUUGGACCUAUAGGUAACAGUUUCCUACUAUUAAGGAAAUAAAAUAAUAAAAUUGA